UGGCCAGGUUGGUCUAGAACUCCUGACCUCAGGUGAUCCACCUGCCUCAGCCUCCCAAAGUGCUGGGAUUACAAGUAUGAGCCACCACGCCCAGCCUAUUUGGGCAUUUUAAAAGGGCUUUUUCCCAAGUGUCACCUGUGCAGCCAAGUCCCUGCCUUCUUGGGAAGUGGGGAAGGGUAAGCAUCUGUAACCACUGCACCCCAUUAUUCUGAACUCUCAGCACUUAAGGCUCCAGCUGCGAUUUGGAGCCUAGUGACAGGGACUGUGUCCCAUGUGCCAAGACUGGAAUCGAGGCUUCCAAACACGCCUCGGUGUCUUCUGGAGGAAAAGGAACGUGACGGUGCUCCGUUCACUGCUGGGGUCCUGCCGGUGAGAGCAGUGGGCAGGGUGGCUGGACCUGCGGAUCUGGGUGGUGGGCUGUGACUCGGCCCUCAGGGUAAGAGAUGGAGAGACCUAGAGAAAGGGUAUGGGGGAGGGGAGCCCUGCAGAUGUGGGGACACCUGAACCCUCCUAUGGGGUGUAACCUGAGCCCUCUGACACAGGGUGCACAGGAUGUCUGCAGUCCUCACCCCUGGCCUGUUCCUCCCACUCCCAGGGCUCCUCCCCAGCCUCUCUACAUAAAGCCAGGCAGGCUGGGCCUCAGGUCAGGCCUAUGGCCAUGGCCUUCACAGACCUGCUGGACACUCUGGGCGGCAUGGGCCGCUUCCAGCUCAUCCAUACGGCCCUGCUGUUGCUGUCUUGCGGCCUGCUGGCCUGCCACAACUUCCUGCAGAACUUCACGGCCGCUGUCCCCCCGCACCACUGCCGGGGCCCUGCCAACCACACUGAGGCCUCCACCAAUGACUCAGGGGCCUGGCUGAGGGCCACCGUACCCCUGGACCAGCUUGGGGCCCCUGAGCCCCGCCGGCGCUUCACCAAGCCUUAGUGGGCCCUGCUGAGCCCCAACUCCUCCGGCCCGGACAUGGCCACAGAGCGCUGCAAGGACGGCUGGGUCUAUAACCACAGUGUUUUCCCAUCCACCAUCGUGAUGGAGUGGGAUCUGGUGUGUGAGGCCCGCACUCUCCGAGACCUGGCGCAGUCUGUCUACAUGGCUGGGGUGCUGGUGGGGGCUGCCGUGUUUGGCAGCCUGGCAGACAGGCUGGGCCGCAAGGCCCCCCUGGUCUGGUCCUACCUGCAGCUGGCAGCUUCGGGGUCCGCCACAGUGUAUUUCAGCUCCUUCAGUGCCUACUGCGUCUUCCGGUUCCUGAUGGGCAUGACCUUCUCUGGCAUCAUCCUCAACUCCCUCUCCCUGGUUGUGGAGUGGAUGCCCACCCGGGGCCGGACUGUGGCAGGUAUCUUGCUGGGGUACUCCUUCACCCUGGGCCAGCUCAUCCUGGCGGGGAUAGCCUACCUGAUUCGCCCUUGGCGGUGCCUGCAGUUUGCCGUCUCUGCUCCUUUCCUGAUCUUUUUCCUCUAUUCUUGGUGGCUUCCAGAGUCAUCCCGCUGGCUCCUCCUGCAUGGCAAGUCCCACUUAGCUGUACAGAAUCUGCAGAAGGUGGCUGCAAUGAAUGGGAGGAAGGAGGAAGGGGAAAGGCUGACCAAGGAGGCGGUGAGCUCCUACAUCCAGAGCGAGUUUGCAAGUGUCCACACCUCCAACUCGAUCUUGGACCUCUUCCGAACCCCGGCCAUCCGCAAGGUCACAUGCUGUCUCAUGGUGAUCUGGUUCUCCAACUCUGUGGCUUACUAUGGCCUGGCCAUGGACCUGCAGAAGUUUGGGCUCAGCCUUUACCUGGUGCAGGCCCUGUUUGGAAUCAUCGACAUCCCGGCCAUGCUCGUGGCCACCGCCACCAUGAUUUACAUGGGCCGCCGGGCCACGGUGGCCUCCUUCCUCAUCCUGGCCGGGCUCAUGGUGAUCGCCAACAUGUUUGUGCCAGAAGGCAUGCAGAUCCUGCGCACGGCCCAGGCAGCGCUGGGCAAAGGCUGCCUGGCCAGCUCCUUCAUCUGCGUGUACCUGUUUACAGGCGAACUGUACCCCACAGAGAUCAGGCAGAUGGGGAUGGGCUUCGCCUCGGUCUACGCCCGCCUCGGGGGCCUGGCGGCACCCCUGGUUACCACACUUGGGGAGUACAGCACCAUCCUGCCGCCUGUGAGCUUCGGGGCCACCGCAGUCCUGGCUGGGCUGGCUGGCUGCUUCCUGACCGAGACCCACAAUGCACCCCUGGUAGAGACCAUCGCAGCGAUGGAGAGAAGGGCCAAAGAAGCCUCUUCCAAGAAACAUGUAGAAGAGAAGAGUGAAGAAAUUUCUCUUCAGCAGCUGAGAACAUCUCCCCUCAGAGAAACCAUCUAAGCUGCCCGGAGCCUGGUGCUUGCUAGCAGCACCUGAGCCGAUGUCCAGACGGCCCCGGGGAUACUGGUACUGAACUGGAGGAAAGGUCGCUGAAAACAUGUGGCUCCUAUAGAGAGCCACCCACAAGCCAGGGCUGCUUGGAGGGAAACUCCCACCAGAAACAGCCAAUCUGCGUUACAAAUGCAUAGAAAGCCAGGAGAAGCCAGUCCCAAGGACCAAAGGAGAGACUGUUUUCCUUUCCCAUCCCCAAUCUGCCCCUUAAAAUGUCUCUGUAUUAGUCCAUUCUUGCACUCCUAUAAAGAAGUACCUGAGAUUGGGUCAUUUAUGAGGAAAA